AAAAAGACCAACAAGGCGGAGCCCUUAGCGGAAGCGGAAGAAGCUGGAAAGGAGCCGAGGGCGGAAGUGGCGCUGUUUGAGAUUUGGAGUGGGGGUAAAGGGGAUACCGAGAAGCAGGCGGGCUGGUGGUAGCGGCGGUGGCCCCGCAGGCGGGAGCGGUUGGAGAUCUGCUUUCCUUGCCAACAGUCCUGCUUGCUUGUCUCUGAAGCACGUGCCCUCGCAACAGGCCAUGGCGGGCCGUGGCGGAGCUGCGCGACCAAAUGGGCCAGCUGCAGGAAACAAGAUCUGCCAGUUCAAACUGGUUCUUCUGGGAGAGUCGGCCGUUGGGAAGUCCAGCCUGGUCUUGCGCUUUGUGAAAGGGCAGUUCCAUGAGUACCAGGAGAGCACAAUUGGAGCUGCUUUCCUUACACAGACCAUCUGCUUAGAUGACACAACAGUCAAGUUUGAGAUCUGGGAUACAGCUGGGCAGGAGCGCUACCACAGUCUGGCACCCAUGUAUUACCGGGGUGCCCAAGCAGCCAUUGUUGUCUAUGACAUCACCAACCUGGACACAUUUGUGCGAGCCAAGAACUGGGUGAAGGAACUGCAGCGGCAGGCAAGCUCUAACAUAGUCAUUGCUCUGGCAGGGAACAAGGCUGACCUGGCCAGCAAGCGAGCUGUUGACUUCCAGGAAGCCCAGGCAUAUGCAGAUGACAAUAGCCUGCUAUUCAUGGAGACAUCGGCAAAGACAGCAAUGAAUGUGAAUGAAACCUUCAUGGCAAUAGCCAAGAAACUUCCAAAAACCGAGCCACAAAGUGCAGCUGGGGCAGCAGGCAGGAAUCGAGGCGUCGACCUCCAGGAGAGUAGCCAACCCAGCAGGGGGCAGUGUUGUGGAAACUGAGGGAUCCCUGCCUGUGCUUUUGGACAGCCCCAACUGGAAUGCGCCUGAACCGAUCGCACUUACAGAACAACAGCUGCCAGGAUCCCUCUUCUUCUCCCACCCCACCCCCACUUUUCUUUGCUGCUGUGAUAUAUAUUUCCUUCUCUCUCCAGACUAUAGAAUGGAGGAAGCAAAAACCCCUGCACCUCUUCUGUGCAAAUAAUGAAUUCAUAUUUUUAAAGUCUUAAACUCACCUUUUUUAAAAACAAAACAAAUCCUGGCAUUUGUCUACCGCUCUUCAUGGGUGGAUGGUGAUGCGUGUUUUUCAGAGUUUUGAUCUCCUCUUUCCUCUCUGCCUUUGUUUUCUGAAAUGGGUUUUAUAGCCUUGUAUUUGCUCACAGCUGCUUGGAAGAGAAAUCCCUGUGCCUCUCUUAAACAGGAUGUGACUGCUUGAACAUCUGCAUGGUGAUUCUAAGCUGCUCUGACUAGUGGGGAGAACCCUGGUAGUUGUAAGUGUAGAGAAGUUUGGGAAUGAUGUGGAAAAGCUCUGAGUUGCAGAACUACAAUUCCCAGGGUUCCAUGGUUGGGAGUUUAACUGUGGCACAGACAUGUCCUUAAAGGCAAGUUGCAGAACAUGCAGAUAACCACUAUAUGACAUUUGUAGCAUUAAUGCUACAUGGAGAAAGAAACCUCUGGCCUUCUAAGCCUUGUUUUGAUCAAAUUACAAUUAUGAGUAUUGCAGGAGGUGGGAAGCUGAUUUUCUUCUGUAUUUUGUAUUCUAGCAUUCAACAUGUAACCAAUCAGUAUCUCUUUAAUUACAUAUACCAACUAGCCUUGCACCCACCUCAGUUCAUAUUGGGCUUUGGGCUUACCAACUCUGCAUUAAUUUUUCUUUCAUUUUGGAUAUAAUGCACUAAUUCAACCUGUUGAAGAGACAAAUUGUAUAAAAUCAAUCACUUUUUUGAGCAACGUGAUGCCAUUUGUUAAUAACCCUAUAAUAUAAUGUUGGCGGUUGUAUAGAUGUGAGGGAUGGGGGAGAAUGGACACAUUGGGGGUGGCGAUAAUAUGUAUUUGCAUAGACAAACGAUUGGUAAUUCCACAAUAGAACUGCAGUAGGGAGAUCACACACUUUUGCUUCUGAACUAGUGCCUGAGGCAAUUUUGUCUUGCUUGAAUUAAUAUUUAAGGGGAAGGAGUCUACUCUGGUCUCUUGAAUGCAAAGCUCCAGUUGUGUGUGUGAUUUCAAAAGAAUUUUAUAAAUCGGAUAUUGACCAGAA